UCCAUCCUUCGUUCGCUCAUCGCGUCUCGACUCCACUACUGUGGUUGCAUAUACUACUACACUUGCAGUUGCAUCCAGAGCCCGCCCCGCGUCUCUACUCGCUCCGCCGCGCCGUCGUCUCUCCCGACUUCGGCGACAAGCGAGCGACGCAGGCCACCGCGCGCGGUUCGUUUUCGCGAGGGAGGCCGCCGCCGACCAGCCGCCAUGGUCUCGCCGGACACCAUCCGCACGGCCAUCGGCGUCGUAGGCAAUGGAACCGCCCUCGUGCUCUUCCUCUCCCCAGUGCCGACGUUCAUACGGAUCUGGAAGAAGGGGUCGGUGGAGCAGUACUCGGCGGUGCCGUACGUGGCGACGCUGCUCAACUGCAUGAUGUGGGUGCUGUACGGCCUCCCCGCGGUGCACCCGCACAGCAUGCUGGUCAUCACCAUCAACGGCACCGGCAUGGCCAUCGAGCUCACCUACAUCGCCCUCUUCCUCGCCUUCUCCCUCGGCGCCGUCCGCCGCCGCGUCCUCCUCCUCCUCGCCGCCGAGGUCGCCUUCGUCGCCGCCGUCGCCGCCCUCGUCCUCAACCUCGCCCACACCCACGAGCGACGCUCCAUGAUCGUCGGUAUCCUCUGCGUCCUCUUCGGCACCGGCAUGUACGCCGCCCCCCUCUCCGUCAUGAAAAUGGUGAUCCAGACUAAGAGCGUGGAGUACAUGCCCCUUUUCUUGUCCCUGGCGUCACUGGUCAACGGCAUCUGCUGGACUGCCUACGCCCUCAUCCGCUUCGACCUCUACAUCACGAUCCCCAACGGGCUGGGAGUGAUGUUCGCGGUGGCGCAGCUGAUCCUGUACGCCAUCUACUACAAGUCGACGCAGCAGAUCAUCGAGGCGCGCAAGCGCAAGGAGGCCGACCAUGUCGCCAUGACCGAUGUCGUCGUCGACUCCGCCAAGAACAACCCCUCCUCCGGCGCCGCCGCCGCCGCCGCCAACGGCCGCUACUAGCUCACGCCGCCCUCUUUACUUCACCAGCUAGCCAGUCACUCAGGAGGCAUGGCCACCGAUGAGGCCUUCAUGACUUACUAGCAAAGUGGAGUACUACCUUUAGCUAAGCCGUCCCAAAGGGAUAUUACUACAUGUCUCAAAUUAAUUAGCUAAUCUAAUCACCAUCACCCUGCCUAAUCCGCUGCUGUUAAUUAGUAUGGCAGAGAGCAAAAGAAGAACAAAUUGAGCUGCACUUCUUAUAUGUACUCUCAAGUGCAGUGCUACUAUUGUCAGUCCCAUUGGGGGUAAUUUACUGUCUUAUUUACAGGAGGAGGGCCUGGCUGCUCUUGUUAAAAACAGCUAGCCCUGCCUUUUCUUUUUUCAAUAUCAUCAUCAUGCCGUGCUUUUCGAUCUACUCUACUGUAAUUUUUCCUUGCUUUUUCUUGCCUUUCUGUACCUGCCGUAAUGUACCUUGGAGGCCAUCCAGAUGGUGUUGGGGAUUAUGAUACCUGGAAAAUGAAGAAAAAAAAGAUUUAAAAA